GUCCUUUAACCAUCAACAACACCACUCUUUCUUGCAAUUCGAUUUCUUUCAAUUGGGCACUUGCUUUUUUUGGACUUUUUAUGUAAUACUUUUCUUGUUCAUGUUCUUUCAAAUAGUUUUUGGCAAUACCCAAGUCAUGCAAUUUUUCUGGGAUAUUCUAAAAAAUCUCCUUUCAAUGGCAAUCUCAUUGUUUGAUGUUAAACCCCAAUGGGGUCGCUAAAGAUUAUUCCUGACCCCUUGGAGGAGUGUUUUGGUCUUUUUUCCUGACAAACAUGGAAGAGACAUUUGUGCCUUUUCGAGGAAUCAAGAAUGAUCUUAAAGGAAGGUUGCUGUGUUACAAGCAAGACUGGACUGGGGGGUUUAGAGCAGGCUUCAGGAUUUUGGCUCCUACCACAUAUAUAUUCUUUGCCUCAGCAAUCCCAGUCAUUUCAUUUGGGGAACAACUGGAGAGAAAUACUGAAGAGGUAUUAACUGCGGUUCAGACCUUAUCAUCCACUGCAAUUUGUGGGAUUAUUCACUCAAUCAUUGGGGGUCAACCUUUGCUGAUCUUGGGAGUUGCAGAGCCCACUGUAAUAAUGUACACAUUCAUGUUCAACUUUGCUAAAGAGAGACCCGAUUUGGGUCGCAAUCUGUUUCUUGCAUGGACUGGAUGGGUGUGUGUGUGGACUGCAGUCUUGCUGUUCUUACUGGCUAUCUUAGGAGCUUGCUCUAUUAUCAACAGAUUUACUCGUGUGGCAGGAGAACUGUUUGGUUUGCUUAUUGCCAUGCUGUUUAUGCAACAAGCAAUCAAGGGACUUGUGGAUGAGUUUCGCAUACCAAAACGAGAAAAUCUAAAAUUGAUUGAGUUCAUACCUUCAUGGAGGUUUGCAAAUGGGAUGUUUGCUUUGGUUCUGUCAUUCGGUCUUCUGCUAACUGCAUUAAAAAGCAGAAAAGCAAGGUCAUGGCGGUAUGGGACUGGUUGGCUUAGAAGCCUUGUAGCAGACUAUGGUGUGCCACUUAUGGUUCUAGUCUGGACAGCCAUUUCCUACAUUCCAUCUGAAAGUGUUCCCAAAGGAAUCCCACGACGCCUCUUCAGCCCAAAUCCGUGGUCACCUAGUGCAUAUGAGAAUUGGACAGUUAUUAAGGAUAUGCUCAACGUGCCCAUUCUCUAUAUACUUGGAGCUUUUAUUCCUGCAACUAUGAUUGCAGUACUUUACUAUUUUGACCACAGCGUCGCAUCUCAGCUUGCUCAGCAGAAAGAAUUCAAUCUGAGAAAGCCACCUUCUUUCCAUUAUGACUUGCUUCUUUUGGGGUUCUUGACCUUAAUGUGCGGUCUGAUUGGUAUCCCUCCAUCAAACGGUGUGAUCCCACAAUCCCCGAUGCAUACAAAGAGUCUGUCCACUCUUAAACACCAGUUGCUUCGGAAUCGACUGGUUGCAACAGCACGCCAAAGUAUGAGAAAGAACUCAAGCUUGGGACAAUUGUAUGGGAAUAUGCAAGAAGCCUAUCAACAGAUGCAGACCCCUCUGACCUACCAGGACCCCUCUGCUCGAGGGUUAAAUGAAUUAAAAGAAUCAACAAUUCAAUCAGCUUCAAGCAUGGGAAAUAUUAGCGCUCCAGUUGAUGAGACAGUUUUUGACAUUGAGAAGGAGAUUGAUGAUCUAUUACCAGUCGAGGUCAAAGAACAGCGUGUUAGUAACUUGCUUCAAGCCACAAUGGUGGCAGGAUGUGUUGCUGCCAUGCCUUUCCUCAAGAUGAUUCCAACCUCGGUGCUCUGGGGAUACUUUGCCUUUAUGGCAAUUGAAAGUUUACCUGGUAACCAGUUUUGGGAAAGAAUAUUAUUAUUAUUCACUGCUCCAAGCAGAAGAUUCAAAGUUCUUGAGGAGUACCACACCACCUUUGUGGAAACUGUGCCAUUCAAGACAAUCGUGACAUUUACAAUAUUCCAAACAACAUACUUGCUUAUUUGUUUCGGGAUCACAUGGGUUCCAAUCGCAGGGCUUUUAUUCCCUCUGAUGAUCAUGCUUUUGGUUCCUGUAAGACAAUAUUUUCUUCCCAAGUUUUUCAAAGGAGCACACCUUCAAGAUUUAGAUGCGGCGGAGUAUGAAGAGGCACCGGCUUUACCAUUCACUCUUGCUACAGAGACAGAGCUAGGUGCAAGAGCUUCAUUUGCAGAGGAUAGAGAGAUUUUAGAUGAGAUCAUCACCAGAAGCCGUGGUGAGAUAAAGCAUGUUUACAGUCCAAAGGUUACGAGCUCCACUGCAACACCAGCAAAAGAUUCCAAAAUACUCCAGAGCCCACGUUUGUCAGAUAAAACGUUCAGCCCUCGUAUUAGUGAACUGAGAGCAGAGAAAAGUCCUCAGUUUAGUGGAAGAGGAGGCCCUGUUAGCCCAAGGCCAUCAAACUUGGGGAUGAGUCCCCGGAACUCAAUUUCAUAGUGAUGGGAGAAAAUUGACUUGGUUUUUUUAUCUAUGUAUUGUAGAGUUUGAGAUGGCUUGUAUGUUGUAUUAUUGUCGGUUUCUCACCAUGUUGUUUUGGUUGGCAUUGAUGUAAAAUCUUCCUUCUUUUUGUUCUUUAAUCGUAUUAUAUAUAUUGCUUUCUUGUAAUGAAA